ACGUUUCGAUAUGAACUAGUUUAGUCAAUCGAAUCGCCAAGUUCUAGCGGUAAAACAUAAGAUUGGUUUCAGUUUAAACCGAGUCUUUCGAUCAGGUUGUUGGCAUGCCAAAGUGUCGGUAGUAGGAACUGUGUUGUUAGUACAGUAGUAAAAUUUGUAGAAUAGGGUCAUCGACGUGUAAGUUAUUAUCUGUUAAAUAGGAGGAAAACAUGUGAUUGCGUGAAUGGACGACACUGAUAAACUGUCGAGGAUACACCCAUCGAAUACGUAGUUUUGCAAAUAUCGUAUGUGGCACACAAGAUGACGUCACAAUGGUACAAGUAUGGCCUAAUUAUUCUGACAUGUUUCGGCUUUGUUGUGACAUUUUCUUAUCUAAUUACAUCGACGUCCACAUCCACCACCAUAUACAAUCCAGUUCGUACAACAGCUAAACGAUCUUCUGUCACAUCAGCACCACCACACCUUGUGCCACCCUCGCCCAUCUCGUCUGCACAUCUGCCAAUUUCAGUACCGCUGCCAAUGGCGCACAUACAUGCUCACAGCUAUACUCAACUGCAUUCCUUUAACGAAACAUUUAUGACCUUCCCGUGGGACGAAUUAGAAACGGCAGCCGCAAACAAUCUCAAAUCGGAGCGACUGCAAUUAACGAAAUUGUUCAUCGACGAGUUGACAUACUUCAUCGAAAUGGAGCCAUUGGUUCCGAUAAACGAGAAUUGUCAGCCGCCACCGUUGCCAUCUUCAGCCGAAGUGAACUGUUCACUUUAUCCGAACGCUUUUAGUGGCGUCAAAAGAAACGAUUCGGUUAAAAUUGGCGCCAUUUUGCAACUGGGCUUCGAUGUCGAUGUACUCGAAAUUUAUUUGCAUGAACUGUACGGUGUGGUCGAUUUAUUUUUCAUCAUCGAGUCGACGCAUGCUCAUUUCGAAAGCAUACGGAAACCAUUGGUGUGGGAACGUGUUCAGAGACAAGAAAGAUUUUCGAAAUUUCCGGUGGUUCAUUUUAUUAUCGAUGAUGCUGAGCCAAUGGUUCAGUCGAAAGACAAAAAGUGGUCGAUGGAAAUUAUGCAAGAGCGGCGGAGAUGGGAGAAGUUUGUCGAUUGGAAUGAUCAGACGAGAUUUUUUGGAGUUAAUGACGUGAUAGGUUUCGGAGAUGCUGAUGAAAUACCCAGCCGAGCUAAGCUCAACAUGUUCAAAUACUGUCAGUUGAAAGGAGAGUCAGUUGAUUUUGGUAUUUGGUUUCCAUUCGGCCGGAUCGACCAGGCGUUCAAGACUGACUAUCCCAUAAAAGGUCAUCCAUACACAUUAGGCGACCCAACGUUCUACACGGUAGCCUCAGCCAAAGCUUUAGUGGCAAAAAAACCGAACGAAUAUCCCAACAGAAAACGCGGCAAAUCCGGCAACUUUAUGCUUGGUGGCAUGCACAUGACGCAUUACGGAUAUCUACCGUUUCAAUUGGUCAAAUACUGUACCGCCACGGAAAGUAAUAUGCAAACACUGAAGGACGUACAGAAGUUAUCCAGCUACUUGAGAGUGGGCGAUGUGCGGGAAAUGGAAGCGGCUUUUGCUGCCACACCGAAACAUUUUGAACGGAGAAUAAUUAAAGUUGAUUUAUCGAAGAGUGAAAUGAAAGAGAUCUGUGUUUUACCUUGGUUCUAUGAUUGUAAUCGGAAUAGAUAUCCGGUGUGGGAAGGUGGACAUGAUACGAGACUUGAUACACUGAUAGACAAUAAAACGAUAGAGGUCUGACUUCA